UCGAAAGUGAUCAACCUUCAAUGUAUUAUCUUGUUCUCUCAAUAAAGCCAGUUUUAUUCCAGCACUCACCCGAAACACACGUUUAUUACAGUGGCGACGAGGAUGCGCAAAUAAACAAAAUGGCGGCUAGUGCGGCAAGUUUUCGCAAGUUUGAAGAGGAAGAGGAAGAAUGGCAGCUGUUCAAGGAACAAUUGGAGGAAUGGUUCAAGUCGUCGGGAGUGGUAGCUGGCAAGAAAGUGUCAAUAUUGAUAAACUGCCUCAGUGUGAAAACCUAUAAGUUGGUGCGGGAUUUGUGUACGCCAGUGGUUCCGGCAAAUAAGACCUACGAGGAGUUAUGUCAAUUGCUGGCCGAACACUUUACGCCAACUACGGUCGUUCACCGGGAGAGAAGAAUGUUUUUUUCGGCGAAACGUGGCGAACAUGGACCAGAGAACGUAAAUAUGUGGAUCGCUAGGAUCAAGCGAUUGUCCGCCAAUUGUAAAUUCGGGAACCACCUUGAGCACAACCUAACCAACAAAUUCAUAUGCGGUCUCGUAGGAAGAGCGUUGGAUCGAAUUUGUGAAGAAGAUGAAAAUGUCACAUUCGAGAAAGCCAGAGAGCUCGCCCUGAAAUACGAGCUAGAAGAAGAUUGGAAGAAUGCAGAAGGGGAGCAGCUCAAUGUGUUGCGACAGCGAUUGAACCGAACGAAAAACGAGGAGCCACGACGGGAAUCGCAGCUAAAGUUAUCAAGCGAGGAAGUGAAAUGUUUCGUUUGUGGCAAACGAGGCCACGUCAGGGCAAACUGCCGCUUCCGCAACAGUGUUUGCAACAGCUGCAACAAAAGAGGACAUCUGGCAGCAGUUUGUAGAACCAAGGCGAAGAAUUACGUGGAGAAUCAGGCAGUAUUUGCCGAGGACGAAGAUUCCGACGAGUGUAUUGAAACCCACCCAAAUUUCAUGAAAAUCGCAUUGUAGGACUUCAGCAAAACGCAGCCCAAACGUUCCUGGUAUUCCGAUGUAAUAGAAGGAUGUAGCGGGUGCAUCAUUUAACUUGUUGUGGGGGUGUUCAGUGUGGGAUAGUCGAAAGUGAUCAACCUUCGAUGUAUUAUCUUGUUCUCUCAAUAAUGCCAGUUUUAUUCCAGCACUCACCCCAAACACACGUUUAUUACAGUCACAAAGCCCGUAACUUACAUCAUUCUGAUGUCUAUGUU